GAGAAAAGUGAUAACUAUUUUUAUUUGAUAACGCAAUGUUAACAAGAGAACUGCAAUAAUACAGGUGCCUGUAACGACGUCUGACUUAGUUUUAUAAAAGAAGAGUUACAAAAAAAAAAAAAAAAACGUAGGAAAAGACAUGGGGUGCAAUACUAGCAAGGAGAGCGUUCAACCGGCGGUGGACGAAGCGAAGGAAGGUGAUUCCGUCAAGAACGGGGAUAUCUCAAAAGCGGCCGAAGAUAGUGCAACGAACGCGGAGUCCUCGGACAAGGAGAAAGAAAACGACACGGAGGAGGAAAAACAGAAAGAGGCAGCAGCCACGAAAAUACAAGCAGCUUUUCGUGGGCAUCACGCUAGGAAAAGUCUAAGAGUAUCGGAAACAGCGUCGAAGCCAAAAACUGACGAAGAAUCUACGGAACAAUCCACGAAAGAGCAACUGGAAGAGGAAUUCCCUACCGACGACCAGGAGCUCUGUGACGCGGCGAAGAAGAUACAAGCGACUUUCCGGGGCCACAUGUCGAGAAAGGAACAAGCCACCGCUGCCGCCAAAUCGGCGAUCAACAUGGUCGAGAGUGCGACUGCCAAGAUAGAGGAAAAGAUGCAGGAUGCCGUACACGAAUUAGAGGGGAUCGAUCUGGCUGAUCCAGACCUGCAUAAGGCAGCGACUAAGAUCCAAGCGAGCUUCCGCGGUCACAAGGUCCGUCAGGAAGUCAACAUCCAUUCUACUGCCGACGACUCUAAAAAAUAAGACGCUUACUCAAAACGCAGGGAUGACGCCGGGAGAUAGAAUAUUAUUACUUAUUACAGUCAGUGCCAUUCUUAACAGGUUUCGAACGCCAUCCCCUAUUUCUUGUACCUUAUAAUGUAGCAUCCGUGAAUUAGUAAGAUAUGCGCGUUAAUAAUAUACGAGGCAUUCCAAGAGAAAAGCCGAACAACGGACAGCCGAACGAGAUUUGAUUAUCAGUUCACCUCGGACCGCUAGUUGUAAACAACGAUACCGUUUAUUUUACGUUAACAAUUAAUCCAGCCUUCGCCCGGGACCAGUGAGAUUUAAGCGCUUUCUACUUUGGCUAAACUGAGAAUCUUUCAAACGGAAGUAUUUACAGGCUGAGGCAUAUAAAUGGGAAUACCUAAAUAUCCUCCUAUCGUUUAUGAAUAUAUUAAAAAAAAAAAGUUUUCUGGAACAAAGUUACACUGUGUAAAGAAAAGCUAUAUGGCAAAUAAAAAAGUUUGUUCCUUGAGUCGAUUCUUAUAAUCGAUUUUGAGUACAUUCCACAUAAUUCGCUGUAACGUUAAACUAUUCUCAUACUAUCGACUUGUACUUACAUUUUUUAUGAGUUAUUACUGCCAUACGUGGGCAUCGAGAGACAUACAGGCAGAGUUUUCAAGACAUUGUUUUCAAGGGGCUUUUCAAGACAAUUGAUAAAAUACACCUUAUAUAAAACGUUAUAAUAAGAAAAAGAUAAGACGAAGAUAAAGAGAAAUAAAAGAGAACGGACAGUUUCCUAUAUACAGUUUCCUAUAUAAUACUCAACAUAAAUUGUGAUUCACAAGAAGAACAGUAUGACAAAUAUGCAAAGUCCUCGUAUCUGGUAGGUAUGUUAAGCGGAACAGAUAGAGUAUAACUUUGACGUCCUGCGCAUGAUAAAUGGAGCAUACAUUAAGAUGUACCAAUAUCAAUAUGCAUGUUAACUUUUAUAAGUUCCUGUAUCCUAUGUAAAAUAAACGGUAUGGUUGUAACGUUUCCAAUUCUAAAGUUAACAAUGAAAGUCUGUUUUUCGAAUACUCUUUAUUAUGACACACAUAUAUUUGAAGCACGUUUUUAAACAUUUAAAACAGAUUUUAUUUAUUUGUCCUUAAUUUUUUUUAAUAUCGUUGAAACGGAAUGUGAUAACUAAAAGUAUAUUUCUUGAUUGCACUUUUUACAUUUUCCAUUUUACAUUUUCUUCUUUGAUAUCUUUCUCUCUCUUUGUUCUCUUUCUCUAUCUAAGAUAUUAAAUGUAUAUUUGUUUCAUUUUUUUGUUUCAUGUAAGGAAAGUGUAAAAAUGUGUAUGAUUGCUUCUCUUUUGAGAGUUUGGAAAAAGCAUAUUGAUAUCUAAGGAUAAAAUAAAGAGGUGGUUAGUUUUGAUCGUCACAUUCUUCAAUUCAUUAUAUUUAGAAAGAUUGUAAAUUUAGAAAUUUCCUCAUAAUGCUGAUUACAUAUAAAAACAAUUGAGAGAAAAAAUUCCAAACUCUUAAACACAAACAUAAUUUUACAAAUUUUUGACGAAAAAUAUUGUAUUUUAUUAUCGUAUUUUACGUUAUUAAUGCAGUAGAACUUCUAUUUGACGCAAAAUAUGACAUAUUUAAAUUGCAAUUAAAUUGCAAUUUACAUGCAUUUAAAUUGCAAAGUAAAAUUUACAGAUUUAUUAUAAACAUAUGAAUCUAUGAAAUUCCUUCUUGAAAUCUUUUCGAUAUUAUUCACCUUACGCAAGUGAUUCUUUCAGAUGCAUUCACAUAUUGCUAUCUUCAAAGCAUCAAAGAUAAUGUGCUUGAAAAUAUAUACGUACGAUUCAUCGGCCUAUUGUCAAUAACAAAAUAAUUAUAAAACAAACGUUAAUUGAAGUUCUACUGCAUCGAUUAAAAGCGUGCGUAAUAUACAAAAUUUAUAGUUGCUUAAAAAGGACUACAAAAGCCUCGUUAAAAUAACGAGUGUAGUCUUUUUAAUAAUGAUAAUUUUGAGCUUAUUUGCUCAAAACCCUCUUGUACCAAAGUUAAAAUCGAGGUUGUAUGUGUAUAAUUUUUAUGUUUUCUUUAUUUAAUGUAAUAUAUAGCGGAAUUUUUUCUAAAUAUCGACAGCUACCUCCAACUUUGUUGCGAUCUAGUCCAUUUUUCAUGUAAAUUAGUGUAUCGAUGUACCCUUGAAAUGGGAAUUUAUUUUAUCAGGCCUAAAAGAAACUCAUUUGCGCUGCUAUCGAUCACUUCUUGUAUGUGAUUAUAGUAACGAUCGAUCAGCAUGCGAUUCAAGAUGCAUAGUAUGAAGCAGCGAAUCAGCAGCUAAACUACUACAAACGAUUGUUUAUUCUUCAAUGCUAGCUUUAUUCGUCCACAAGGCAGGGUACUGCGAACUUUUAUUAUUUUCACAUUCGUCCACGUGUUUUUCUACAAAGCGAAUAAUUAUUUCUACCUUCUAUAUUUGUAAUUUAAUAACGAUAUUUAUACCGAUUUUGCUGGCGAAUUAUGUAUUAAAUAAUAUUACGCGACAUACGCCUGUAUUACACGUUUCUAACGCUGACUAUGAGCAAUAAUUACACGUAUUUAUUGUGUCAAAAUUUCGCAAAUUUAGCAAGUAUCAUAUUAUGCAAGUAAUAAACGUUGUACGAGUAUUAAACGUAUCGCGGUAAUAUUGAAACUUUCUCAAAUAUAAUAUGUACUAUUCUACGCGAUAUCUCUACGCGAUGGAUAUAUAUUGAUUGCAAUGGUACGUGCAGCUAUUGUUCAGAAGCAAGCAGAUAUAAAAGAGAUAGUCAUCUUUACAGCAUGUCUGAAUUUCCAAUAUUUCCGAUAUUUUAUUUAUAAUUCCCGAUUCCCGAUAUCGCUAACUUUUAGCUUCUAAGAUCGAAUUUGGGAUUUUGCAAUCGCAAAUUCCCUUUCCCCCUCCCCCCGCCCGAUUUCCCGCAGAGGGUUCCCGUGGAUAUUUCCAAUAUUUCCAUUCCCGUAGUUAUAUAUCCACAGAUUAUUAUUUACUACCGAUACUACCUAAUUUUCGAAUUUUACGAAACGAAUAUUGUCUUGGAUCACACAUUACUCAUAGGUUAUUGACAAUUGUCGCUUGUAGAAAAUUAAAGAGAAGCUUCGGUAUCGUCGAAAAUGAUCUAUGAUCGAGUAACGUUGUCCAGUUUACGUGUUGUCGGCGUGGACACUGCGAGUGAAGAAUUUAUUUAUUGUAUCGAAUUUUAAUGUAUAGAGAGCAACGUUGCGACGGAUAAUAGGCAUUCUUGUCGAUACGCUACUUUACCACGUAUGAAUAGUUUAGCCAUGCACAAGAACAAGUUGUGGUAAAAUAUAUUGUAAGAAAUAUAAUAAAAAAACGACCUACCGCGAUGAAGCGGGCGGUACAUUACAUGUAA